AUGCAUAUUCUAGUUACUAACGACGACGGUCCUCCGUCAAACCAAUCAUCACCUUACGUGCAUUCGCUCGUUCAAUCGCUUCAAUCCGCAGGUCACACGGUCUCGGUCAUCCUUCCGCACCAGCAACGAUCAUGGAUCGGUAAAGCACACAUUGUAGGCGCAUCGGUGAAGCCUACCUACUUCCGACCCGGCACAAUUCACCAAGAAGAUGGGACAACACACCACCUACCGCGAGGCAGCAACGGCGACGAAAGCGAAGGCGACGAAUGGGUUUUGAUUGACUCGACUCCUGCCAGCUGUGUUCAGAUUGGUCUUUAUCAUUACUUCCAAGAACGAGGCCCCAUCGAUGUCAUUGUCUCCGGCCCGAAUUAUGGCCGCAACACGACUGCACUGUUCGCAUUGUCGAGUGGAACUAUUGGCGCAGCGAUGGAGGGUGCCUGCUGUGGCAAGCGCUCAAUUGCUCUGUCAUACGCUUUCAGCUCACGCAAUCAUGACCCCGUCAUAAUCGCAGAGGCCUCAGGUCAUUCGGUCAAAUUGAUUGAAUAUUUGUGCGCAAAUUGGGCAGAUGGCGUGGAUCUCUAUACCGUCAAUGUUCCUUUAGAGCCUGGCGUGAGUCAGAAUAAGGUUCUCUACACCAAUAUGCUGGACAAUAGAUGGACCUCCGGAAGUUGUUUCCAAGCUGUUGAUCCCAUGCCCGCCAAUGACCCCGAUUUGCAGGAGCAGCAGCUGCGCAGCGAAGGCGAAAUGAAGGGCAAGAAGCCCGACCAGAGUGUUGGCGCAAACAUUGGCGAGAAGCCCUCACUUGGUCCUCGGCUUCAACACAAGCAUUUCAAGUGGGCGCCCAGCUUCCAAGAUGUGUAUCGCAGCGUGGAGGAAAGCGAGCCUGGAAAUGAUGGGUGGACUGUCAAGGAGCAAAUGACUAGUGUCACACCCCUCAAGGCUAACUUCAAGCCUACCCCCGGUAUCUCGGGAGAAAUCAAGCUAUCGGAUAAUCGGCCUUCACUAUAUUCCAUCGUCGACUGCGAUGAUUCAUACGUGCAACAGAUGGUUGACCGAGCAUUGACUCGUCGCCUGGGAAGUGCCUCCAAGCGGAUCUCUUCAGUGUCUGAUCUGCCGGAUUCCUCUGCGCCACUCUUCCAAUACCGCGAAUAUGAGCGCAUCGACUUUGAACAUGGCAUGUUCAAUGCUUCAACGUCCCUUUUGAACGCAUACAUUAUCCGGAAAGCACUGAUCCGGAAGCACUACCUGUCGAACACUGUUGCCGGCUGGCUUUCAAAGAACCCAGACAGCAUCCUGCGUCACCACUUCAAACCUGCCUUUGACUUCGAACUCGACUAUGCCGAAUUCCUCGACGAUGCCCUACUGGAAGCAUACGAGCUCAAUGACAGCUUGGCCAAGAAUGCAGAGCUCCCAGACUCCGAAAAAGAAUGGUGGAUCCUCAAGCCUGGCAUGAGUGAUCGAGGUCAGGGAAUCCGCAUCUUCAAUAGCGAAGACCAACUCCGUGAAAUCUUUGAGGAAUGGGAGGUCGACUCAGACGAAGAGAGUGACUCCGAGGCAGAAGACGAAAAUGCUGCUCCUGACACAGGAAUUGUCACCUCGCAGCUCCGCCACUUCCUCGUCCAGCCCUACAUCGACCCUCCCCUUCUGCUCCCUUCAUCCUCCAACCGCAAAUUCCACAUUCGCACGUACGUCCUCGCCUCAGGCUCCUUGCAAGUAUACGUCUUCAAGGAGAUGCUGGCUCUCUUCGCGGCAAAGGCGUAUUGCGCACCGCACGAAGAAGAAGAUGACGUGGCCGAUCUCGCCCGCCAUCUUACCAAUACCUGCUUCCAAGAAGGCGGCAGCUCAAACGAAGGCAGUGUGCGCCGCUUCUGGGAUCUCGACCACCACGUCCCUGGUCUCUCGGAUGACUGGAAAGAGAAGAUCUUCGACCAGAUAUGCUCUGUCACAGGCGAAGUCUUUGAAGCCGCGGCGCGAGGCAUGAUGGUUCAUUUCCAAACUUUGCCAAAUGCGUUUGAGCUGUACGGUGUUGACUUCCUUGUUGAUAGCAAUGGCUCGGCAUGGCUGCUGGAGCUCAACGCGUUCCCUGAUUUCGGGCAGACGGGUGAAGAUUUGAAGGAGGCCGUGGUUGGAAAGUUGUUUGAGGAGGUGGUUGAUGUCGCUGUGAAGCCGUUCUUUGGUCUUGGUGAGGUUGUUGGUGAUGGCGAUUUAAAAUUGGUGGCGGAUCUUGAUCUUGGGAGGAAGGCUUAG